AUGCCCUCCUUGCCAUGCCCCUCCUUGCCAUGCCCUCCUUCAUGCCCUCCUUGCCAUGCCCUCGCAUCUGCGUCCCUGCACUAUCCUUCCCAGUCCACUCUCCUGUACGCAGGCAUAGCAGCGGUCGUGCUCUCGCGCUUGCAAAUGAAGCUCCCACAGGCACGCAGUCAGAAGGGCAAGUCGCCGCCAGUGCUGUUUGCUGACGUGGCAGGGGUGGAUGAGGCGAAAGAGGAGCUAGAGGAGAUCGUGACCUCCCAGAGGAGUGCUGCUGGUGAGGGCGUGUGCUGUGCUGCUGGUGAGGGCGUGUGCUGUGCUGCUGGUGAGGGCGUGUGCUGUGCUGCCUGCUGGCUCAUGGUUGGGCCGCCAGGCACGGGAAAGACGAUGCUGGCCAAGGCAGUGGCUGGGGAGGCAGACGUACCCUUUAUAAGCUGCAGCGGUAGCGAGUUUGUGGAGCUGUAUGUGGGCCUGGGUGCGUCGCGAGUGAGAGAGCUGUUCGCGCAGGCAAAGAAGGACUCGCCGUCUAUCGUGUUUAUUGAUGAGUCACCUCGUUCACCUCGUUCCAUCCCCUCUGUCUCGAGUCGACUGAAAAGUCACCUCGUUCACCUCGUUCCAUCCCCUCUGUCUCUCCCUCGACAGAUUGAUGCAGUGGCCAAGAUCGAUGCAGUGGCCAAGGUGCGGGAUGGGCGCAUGCGCAGUGUGGGAAACGACGAGAGGGAGCAGACCCUGAACCAGCUGCUCACUGUGAGUGGGGGGGGUUUGAGAUGGACGGGUUUUGACAGCAGCACUGCAGUCAUUGUCCUCGCAGCCACCAACAGGGCAGACGUCAUCGACCCCGCCCUGCGCCGCCCAGGGCGGUUCGACCGGAUUGUAGCGGUGAGGAACGGUGGGGGGUGGUGUAGUGUGUGUGCAGAUUCGUUCAGUGUGGUAGCAUAG